AUGGGUCUGAAUCAGCUGACCGAUGAGACCUUCAUUUGCAAUUAUGGAUCAAACGUGCCUGGCACAGCGCCAGGCACGACAUGGGCGGUGUCCGUGCGGGUGGACUGGAGCUCGCCGCCCCAGCACGGCCCGCACCUCCAGGACUCCUUCCGCGCACACCCCGCGGAUCCUGGCCUUCGCCCUCGUAUCCGCGCAAGGGGGCAGGUAGGCGCCUGCCCCUCAGGCCUCACGCUCGGCGGCACCUCCCUGGGCAAUCGCUGCGAGGGGAAGAGGCCUAGAGCAGAAGGGGGUUUGUCGUGGGAAGAGCCUCCGGAAGAUAAAGGGGGACGUGUCCGUGCAGGGCCCCGACAGACGGGCAGCCGCUGGAGUCGAGAUCCGCCCUGCGCACCAUCUCCGCCGGGGACCCGCGGGGCCUGCCCAAGGGAGGGGAAGCCCCGGGGGACGCGACGCACCGCCGGGGCCAGCUCCCUGCACGCCACCGGGCAGCGGCCUGGGUACCCCGGGGUGGAUUUGCGUAAGAGCCGGCGACUACCCGAACUACAACUCCCAGGGGCCCCGGGAGUACUCGGAACCAAUCAGAGGGCGAGCGGGCGGAAUCACUGGGGCCUGCGUUUCCCAGAGGGCGCUGGGCCGCGGUGCAGACUACAGCGGCAGUGCACCGGGAACGGAGGAAGAGGGGUCUUCGCCGGUGGUAUCCCGGGUACGGCUGCCUGCGGUGGAGUCGGCGGAUGCCCUGGCGGCCCCCAGCUCGCGGAUGCCAUUGGUCCCCAAAGCCCUCCUCCCCUCAUGAGCCUGCAGACCUCGUUCACUCAUGUUUACAGCAGGGGGUGACCCUGUGCGUGGUCUCUGGGGCUGCAGCUGGAAGCACACUGGACACCCAGCCCCCACCCUACUGGCAAGGACCAUCCUCCGCAGAAGCUAGCAGCUAGAAACAGUUCUUAAUGCUGCAGGAAGUAUUUAGGAGAAAACGACUUCGAGAAUCAAGGCUAAAAUUGGACAUCAAAGACCACCAAAAACAUUUUCUAAGGCUGUUGUGGUGGUUGAGAGGGUGGGGGAAGGAUCAAAAUACCAAAAAUCAGAGUUUUGGAACUGCAGUGGAUGACACUCCUAAUUGAAGCUAAUAUAUCUUGAGCACUUUGUAUGUA